ACCUUUCAGUGAUCUCAGGAUUUUAGUAUAUCGAUCUUACACAUGAAUAUGUUACAAGCACAACAGAGGAAGAGGGUAUUCCCAUCAAUGUAUUCAUGAUGACUUUUCCGAGUUUCCACAGGAGGGGGUUUCUCAGGAUUUAUUGCCAUACGCUUCGCACCACGAGUCCCCAUUGCAACUACUUUGGAAUGCGUAAAAAUAUGAGUGAUGGGGAGGUAACGUGCUUUACGACAAAGCUUUCGAAUACGAAGGUUUCACUUACUCCGUCAAUGUAAGCUUGGGCAUCGUUUAGGGCAAAGAAGUCAUUCCACCUAGAACUAAGAUGAAUGAUGUGAAGAUAUUCCAUAGGAUCAAUCCCUGCGACAUCGAAUUUAUCGAAUCCCUUGCGCUCCGUCGUUGAAAUUAGGACAUACGAAUACUACCUUUGUGUUUUAUAGAAGUAGUCCAAACGUGGGGAUUUGAAGUGUUUAUCGGAGUAACAACCCCUCAAAACUGAAGCAUGGCAAGCAUUUUCUUCGUAGAGAAAGCUAACCUACCCGUCUUGUCUUCAUUUCUAUGAGUCAAAAUUGAUUAUCUGAAGGCACAUAUUCUCCAUAAAUUCUGAAGCAAAAUGACUUAACAGCUAGCCGACAUCUCGAAAAGUGAAUGCUGGCAAGUAACAAACCUUUGAAGUCAUGAAUAUUUUUUUUUUUCUGGACGCUUCAAUCUUAGAGCUAUUCAUGCAUUAUAGUCUAGUAUGAGCUCUAUCGACCGAUAAUUUGGGACUGAUGCUUUAUUUGUUAUCAUAGUGACUCUCAUUGCCUAUAUCUUGAUACAGAUAAAUGCGUCAACCUGUGAAUUAUAUAUAUAUGUAUAUAUAUAACCUUUCAAUGUUCUGAAGUUUGAGUUUCUAUGUGCUGAUGAUGGAGAUUUUUAAUACACACCUCGAUGAGCCUAGGGCAAACUAAACGAUUCGUCUUUAAAUCUUGUCAUAAUCUCCUUUAUUUGUGUGCCUUAAGUGACAAUAAGGGUAACCCCAUAAGUUAGUAAAUAAUUUAUUUUCGACACGGAGGAUCAAAGAAAAACGUCAUAAUGAGCGGCCCUAAAGAUGGAAGCAACGAGAUUCAGUUCGUCACGGACGCUGAUAUGGACGCCGAAUUGGAGGAAAUGCGCCUCCAAGUAGAAAGCCUCCAGGAGGACCUCCAGCUCAAGGCCUUGCAGGAUACCGCGGCAAAGGAGGAGGGCACCCGCAAGACGGCCAUCGCGACCUCCGCGUCCGGCUCCGGCGCGGGGAAAGGGAACGCGUCCGUCUUCGUCGCCGGCUUUGACGCCCGCACGACGGAGGCGGAUAUCCGCGUCUUUUUCUCCUCCUGCGGGGCAGUGGUGCGCCUGACGAUGCUGAAGGAUCGCCACACCGGGCAGCCCAAAGGCACCGCCUACAUCGAGUUCGAGACGCAAGAGCAGGCGCAGGCCGCCAUCCUGAAGGACGGCCAGACCCUCCAUGGCAAACCACUGAAGGUGGCCCCGAAGCGGGAUAACGUCCCCGCCUUCCAGCGCGGGAUGGGGAUCCGAGGGGGACGGGGUGGUGGCCGCGGCGCGGCGGCGAUGACCGCCGUGGCGAUGCUCGCUUCGAUGAUGGGUGGUGGGAUGGGCUUUAGUCCGUAUGGCGCCUCACGAGCCCGCGGGCGCGGGCGCGGACGUGGAGCUCAUUAG